ACCUCCUUCACCUUCAUCAGGCAUAAAUACUGGGGAGCGACUUUGCUCCAGAGGUUUCAGCUGACAGUCAGCAAUGGAGAACCGCUCAUUCCUCCUGUGCAUCGUUCUGGCAUGUUCAAUCUGGAUGGUCCAGGGAAGAAGCCUAAAGAUCAGGAUCGAUGAUGAUGAGCUGGGAGAACCUGAUGUAGACGUGCAAGGGCUUCCAGGGAUGUGCUGGGGAUGCAAAUGGGCUUUGAACAAGUUGAAAAAAAAACUUGGAUCAAACUCCACUGCGGAGGCCAUUAAAGCAAAACUGAGAUCUGUCUGCGAUGGCAUUGGAUUACUAAAAUCACAGUGCCGUAAAUUUGUGGACGCAAACCUUGCAGUCCUGAUCGAGGAGCUGACGACGACUGAUGAUGUCAGAACGAUUUGCGUCAACGUUGGAGUUUGCAAGCAAAAGGAUCUGGAAAUGAUCUUCUAUCCAAACAAACAAGAAUCGCGACGCAUCAAGAUCAGUGAAGUCAACUGACGACCAGAGAAACACGAUGUAUCUUGAUGCAACUGAAAGCAUUCAAACAGGAAAUAAUUAGCUUUUCUUAGCUUCCUUUAACUAAAGCAUAUCUUCAGCUGAAAACUUCUUUCCUUGCGCAAAUAAAGUUGCUUUAUUUUGA